AUGGUGGGUGGUGAUAAUGGAGCGGUGGUUGGUGAUAAUGGAGCAGUGGGCGGUGAUAAUGGAGCGGUGGUUGGUGAUAAUGGAGCAGUGGGCGGUGAUAAUGGAGCGGUGGUUGGUGAUAAUGGAGCGGUGGUUGGUGAUAAUGGAGCUGUGGUUGGUGAUAUUGGAGUAGUGAGCGGUGAUAAUGGAGCGGUGGUUGUGAGCGGUGAUAAUGGAGCGGUGGUUGGUGAUAAUGGAGCGGUGGUUGGUGAUAAUGGAGCGGUGGGCGGUGAUAAUGGAGCGGUGGUUGGUGAUAAUGGAGCGGUGGGCGGUGAUAAUGGAGCGGUGGGCGGUGAUAAAGGAGCGGUGGGCGGCCAUUGCCAGCUGUGGAGGGUCAACAAGAAAGGAGGCAGCCGCCGCCCGUGGUUGACUCAGGUAUUAAGAACACAGUCCGGCUCACUGGACCACUGCCGUGACUGGUGA